UGCCCCCUGGCGCGGUGGCCCGGCCCCCUGGCGCGGUGGCCCGCCCUGGCCCAGCCGCUGGCCCUGGUGGCCCUCACCUUCCUGGUGGUGCUGCCGCUGUGCUGCCACCGCCUGCUGUACUCCUACUACUUCCUGCGCUCCGUGUACCUGGACUCCAUGAGCGAGGACGUGCUGCGGCAGAGCGUGGAGCGCGGCCAGGAGGCGCUGCGGUUCUGGCGGGACCGGCCCACCGCUAGCCCCGCCGCUAGCCCUGCUAGCCCUGCUAGCCCCGCCUCGCCCGCCUUCAGCCACGUGGCCCAGAACCCCGAGCUGCUGGUCACCGUGGUGACGGCCCGGCGCCGCGAGGGCCGAGACUCCCACUACCUGCUGCAGGUGAUGCGGCGGCUGAGUUCCCUCCUGAGCAGCUGCGAUGACGGCGACGGCGGGCGGCGUCGCUGCGCCGAGGUGCUGCUGUGCGACGUGGAGAGCGGUCCCCUGGAGAACCAGGACGCCCGUCUGCUGGAGCGACACUUCACUGUGAUCCGGCGGUCCGCCCGCGACCGGCGCGCCGCCGCCCGCGAGCGCGUCAACACCUUCGAGCGGGAGAAGCGGGACUACGUGUUCUGCCUGCGGCGCGGUUGGGAGCUGGCGCGGCCGCGGAACGUGGUGGUGCUGGAGGACGACGCGUUGCCGCGCCACGACUUCUUCGCCGUGGUGAAGGACCUGCUGUCGCGCCGCUUCGCCCUGCGGACGCUCUACGUCAAGCUGUACCACCCCGAGCGGCUGCAGCGCUACUGGAACCCGGAGCCAUACAGGCUGCUGGAGUGGGUGGGCCUGGGCGUGGUGUGCUCCACCGCCGCGGUGCUAGCGCUGCCGCUCUGGAACCCGGGCCCCUGCUCCUCGUCCUCGUCGUCCUCCGGCCCGUCGGCCGGACACCUCCUCUUCUUCACGCUCUACUUCAUGGCGGCGGCGGAGCUGCUGGGCCGGCACUACCUGCUGGAGGCGCGGCGGGUGUCGCCGCAGCUGUACGCCGUGUCGCCGGCCACCGAGUGCUGCACGCCGGCCAUGCUGUUCCCCGGCAACGCCUCGGCCCGGGCCGCCCGCUACUUGGACGGCUCCGUCUGCCUCAAGGGCAACGCCAAGGACAUGGUGCUGUACCGGAUGGCGCGGGAGGUUCCCGGGGAGCGGGCCCACAGCGUGGAGCCAAACCUCAUCACCCACAUCGGGGCCUACUCCUCCAUCCGGCUCAACCCGGCCCGGCCCAAACUGCUCUGACGGAACCGGGGGAGUCGGGUCAAACUUCAGCUGCCACGUCUCGUUUGUCCUUCCUGGAUAUUUCAGACUCUGCCAACGUGAGCGCCGGUGCGGUAAAUCUGCAGGUGAAGCGUCCGCCGCCUGAAUUAUGGUCCCGCGUUAAACCA